GAAGGGGAAUAGCAUAUCUUGUGGCAGAACAUUGCUUUCCUUGUCAUUCAUACUGUAGCUUUUGACUAAGAGGUGGAGCCUCUGCCUCCUUCCAACCUUCUCAUUGGCUGGCUGCAGCAGGCCAAAACUUUCUCCUAGGUUUUUAUCGAGAUGCAAGGUAAUCUUUGUAAGAAUUGCUGCUCUGUGAGUUUCCUAGCAGAAGGAGGUGGCGGUACAUAAUCUCUAAGCAGUUAAGAAAUGUUACAGGAAGGAAUGCAAAAAAGGAGAAGGGAAGGAAACACUCUUUGAAUGCUCUGAAUUUUGUUUAGUAGUUUAAUUUGUGUCUAAGUGGGCUACUAAUUCCUCAGCUGGGAUAUACCUUGAAAGUGGGCAACUACAAGAAGGACGUGAGGUUAAAGGCCAUAUAUCAGUACUUUUCUAUGUGUAAUUUAUAUCCUUAAAAACAUGAUGGGAAGAGGGAAAACAGUCAGGAAUGUGGAGUCAGCCUGGCGAUUUCUUUGAUUGUGACCAAGCAAAAGAACAUUAUGUUCCUCAGAUACCAACAGUGUCAAGAAGAUGUGCUAGUCAGCCCGACAUAAAUGGUGUAGACACUUCAAUGUAUAUGAUAAGGCUUCCUUCAAGGACAGAAAAGAAACAAGCACUGAACUCCUUAAGUGGAAAGAAAGAAACCAUUGGUUCGGAACUGGAAGAGCCUAUUCGGGAAUAUCCAUUGGGAUACCAAGAAAUUAACAGCAGGUGGAGCAGAAUGACCGUGGUGAAGGAGUUACUCCGGGCCAGAAACCUGCUUCUGGUUAUCCUAAUUCCACUCUUGAUGCUUCCUCUGCCAUUGUUGUAUCCAACUAGCGAAGCAUCAUGUGCAUAUGUGCUGCUUGUGACGGCGGUGUACUGGGUUUCAGAGGCAGUACCACUUGGGGCCGCAGCUCUCGUUCCUGCUUUUCUCUACCCACUGUUAGGAGUAAUGAAGUCCAGUGAGGUGGCUGGGGAAUACAUAAAGAACACCACCUUGCUCCUCAUAGGGGUAAUUUGUGUAGCAGCCUCGGUCGAAAAGUGGAACCUUCACAAACGAAUUGCCUUGCGCAUGGUGAUGAUGGCAGGAGCAAAACCUGGCAUGCUCCUCGUUUGCUUUAUGUGCUGCACCACUAUUCUAUCCAUGUGGCUUUCCAACACAUCCACCACGGCCAUGGUGAUGCCCAUUGUAGAAGCAGUGUUACAGGAACUUGUGAAUGCUGAGGAGGAUCGGGAGGCAAACGGUACUGCAGGCAGCACCAUCCUGGAAGAGAAAGAGACAAUAGGUCUCAAUGACAAACAUGGACAAGCAUCACUGGAGCUCAUUUUCAUCAACGAGGAUGCCACAACUGCUGACUUCAGUUCUCUGAUGCAUUCCAAGAAUAUGAAUGGCGUGCACAUGAUAGCCAACAAAAUUGGGACUGUGACCUCCAAAACCAAUGGACAACAUCGGACCCAGGCGCAGAUACUUGUCCUACCACCUCAAACUCAGAAUUUGGACCUAAGCAGUAAACACCAGUAUCCAUCCAAACAUGAUCAUAUGGUCUGCAAGUGCCUGUCACUGAGCAUCUCCUAUGCAGCAACCAUUGGAGGGCUCACAACCAUCAUAGGAACUUCCACGAACCUCAUUUUCCUGGAGUAUUUCAACAAUCAUUAUCCCAAUGCUGAUGUGGUGAAUUUUGGAACCUGGUUCUUAUUCAGCUUACCCAUCUCCCUCAUUAUGUUGGUGUUGACCUGGUUCUGGAUGCAUUGGCUUUUUCUAGGUUGCAAUUUUAAAGAGACUUGUUCAAUCAGCAAAAAGAAGAAGACCAAACGAGAAGAGCUGUCCGAGAAAAGAAUCCAAGAGGAAUACGAGAAACUGGGAAAUAUUAGUUAUCCUGAAAUGGUGACAGCAUUCUUUUUCAUCUUGAUGACUUUGCUUUGGUUUACAAGAGAACCCGGAUUUGUACCAGGCUGGUCAUCUUUCUUUGAAAAGAAAGGCUACCGGACUGAUGCUACAGUCUCUGUUUUCCUUGGCUUUCUCCUCUUCCUGAUUCCAGCAAGAAAGCCAAGCUUUGGAAAGAAGGCCAAAGGAGACGUUGCUGAUUCUGGAGACAUUAACCCAGGAGAGCCAAUCAUCACCUGGAAAGACUUUGAGAAAACAAUGCCAUGGGAAAUUGUAGUUCUGGUGGGAGGUGGUUAUGCUUUAGCAGCUGGAUGCAAGACCUCAGGCCUCUCCACAUGGAUUGGCCGCCAAAUGUUGUCCUUGAGUAGCCUUCCCUCUUGGGCGGUUAGCCUGCUGGCUUGCCUCUUGGUAUCUACAGUCACAGAGUUUGUUAGCAACCCAGCCACCAUAACAAUCUUCUUGCCUAUUUUAUGCAGUAUGUCUGAAACUCUGCAAAUCAACCCCCUGUACACCCUGAUUCCAGUCACUAUGUGCAUCUCUUUUGCAGUGAUGCUACCAGUGGGUAAUCCCCCAAAUGCCAUUGUCUUCAAUUAUGGACACUGUCGGAUUAAAGAUAUGAUCAAAGCCGGCUUUGGAGUCAAUCUUAUUGGUCUAAUAGUUGUGACAUUGGCAAUCAAUACUUGGGGAAUUAGACUCUUCCAGCUGAAUAUGUUUCCCGAAUGGGCAAUAACUGGCAACAACACUGGACCAUUGUAGGCAGAACUAAACCCCAGAAAACCAAAAAUGCAUUUGCACAUAUGUUAAGAAAGUAAGAGAACCGAGUAUAUAUUGUUCCAGUAACUAGAAAUAACUCUGAUCUAAAGGUCUAUCAAGGAUCACCAUCUCUCCACCAUUUCAUGUUCUCCUUAUUUUUCAGGACUGCAAUGGAACAGGUUUGCUUCAGGUUUUCCCAGGGUUUACCCAUUACUUAUACAAAAAAAAAAUCUUUCACCAUAAAAUAUUUAACUAGUCCUUUUUUUCUUGAUAUGUAAUUCAUAGUAGCCAUAUCUUACAUUUAAAAACUGGUUUUCAAGACUACUUCUGUAUGUGUGUGAGAGAGCGUGUGUGUAUAUAUAUUGGUCACAAUGUAGAAAAUUGUAUAUUAUUAGCUACUUAAUAAGAAGGAACCACUUGAUCAGUUGUAUUCUAGGGAAAGUGGACAGGGCCAAAGACAUGGGGAGGAGGAGGUCAAGAUAAAUCUGGUCAGCUGUUCAGAUAUGAUCCCAUCCCCUAUAUAAAAUUAUAUGAGUCAUGAGACAUUUCUAUUUUAAUUCUGGAAUUUUCUAAAACUCUCAUAUCUGCAGAAAUCAAAUCUGUGGUUUCACCCAGGGAAAAAUGGUCUCUCUGGGGAAUUUUUUUAGGUGGACCAGGUAAUUCUAUGGUGUGCUUGUUCCUGAAGUUAUAAUCAAGUUGCACUGGAAAAGCUAGAAUAUUCUGAGAUAUUUAAUCUCUAGGAAUAUCUAGAUCCUUCAACACAUCCUUCUUUGUGGUAUGCAGAAACCAAAAGUGAGUUAAAUUAAUGGUUUUCUGUCAUAUCUGUGGUUUCACAUAACUGUGGUACAGCUAGGAAUGUGUCCCUCAUGGAUACAGGAGUAUUACUGUAUUUCUGAAAUCAUACCCUGGCAUUUCUGGGCUUCCUAUCAUGGCCAGAAAUAACCCCCUUCUUUCCAAUUUUUGUAAGUGAAAAAUUUGUAUCUUUGUAUUUGAUCCUAAUAAAGAUAUUAUCCAGGUCAUUUUUAACCUUUUAAAAAAAAAACCUCACAAAAACCUUCACUCUGCCAAAUCAUAGAGCUUGACCUGAUUAUCUGAACGAAUGAAACUAGAUGCUAGUGAUAUCCUUCUAGUGACUGCUGUCAUUGCUAAAUGCCUUAAAGUUGACUUUGACUUAUGGUGACCUCACAAUGAGACCUCCAAAUCAAUCUAUCAUUACAACCAAAAAUCCAACAAAUGCCUGUGUAUGACCCUGAUAAUAUAUAAGCAUUUGAAGUCCCUACUGCACCUUAUGUGGGCUUAAGGGUAUUCAUGAAUCUAUCACAGAUGUGCAUUGUAGAAUACAUCGUUUCUACUUGGCAGUGUUCCUGCCAUCACAGAAAUAGAUACUCUCCAGGUAAAGACACUGGCAGGAGACACAUUGCGUUUUCUGCUUGAAAGAUCUAAUGAAGGGCACUCUCCAGAAACAAAUUAAUAGUCUCGUAAAAAACAGAACAUGGGUGGCAAAUCCCACAAUCUUAAUGGCCAUGCUUCUUAGGGGAUUCUGAAUAUUUUGAUCUAGAAAGAUAAUGUUGCAAACUCUAACAGAGACAGCAUCUACAUCUGGACUCUGCAUCUACUAAAUAUUAAGCUUAAGUACAUGCCUUUCAUAUCAGACACGUAAUUUGAAUAGCUGGCAUAGCCUGUAAAUACUGGAUUUGUACAGGAAAAAUAAUAAAUGCUGUGUUUAACUACA